AUGGCGUCCAAACUCAUGGACAAGCUCAAGGAGACGCUGGGCCACAACCGGCGGCCCGCCAUCCCGCUCGCCCACCCCGGCGCCGAGUCGAGCGCCGGCUCCGGCUCCGGCUCCGGCUCCGGCUCCGGCUCCGCAGACCGCAAGAUCAAGUCUUCGCCGCGAGCACGCCUCAAGAGCUUGCCGCCGUAUCCAUGCACCACCGCCACCGGGGCCGACGGCGGCGGCUCCUGCCCUCGCUCGAAACAGGACGUCCUCGACGCCGCGCACUCCCCGCCGUCUGUGUUCUGCCAGUUCAUGGGGCCGCCUACCGUCGAGCACAAGUAUCCCCAGGACAGCAAGUGGCGGAGGCAUUCUUCCGCCAGUGCCCAGGAACAGCACUACCUCCGAUGA